GCCUGGGACGUCGGUGUUGAAAAGGGGGCGGAUGCGGAAGUGAGCCAGAACCAAACUUUUCUGGUUUACGCGAAUGUGAUAAGGUUGCUAAUGCUAUUAUGAUGUUAUUCAAGUCCUUGGCCCGGGGUGCGUGCACUCUGUUAGGAGCUGCGACAGCGUUUAAACUAGCUCCUGUGGAGGUCCAGGCCCAGGCAGCCGCUCUCCUUCACGGCGCAGUGAGGAAAUCAUCCGUGGUGCAACAAGCAAACAUGAGGGUUGAACUUCUCCCAGCUCUCAGUGACAACUACAUGUACCUCCUGAUCGAUGUGGACUCCAGAGAGGCCGCGAUUGUUGACCCCGUGGAGCCAAUAAAGGUUGUGGAGGCUGUUAGAAAACAUGGUGUAAAACUCACAACAAUUCUAACCACCCAUCACCACUGGGACCAUGCUAGUGGAAACGAGAAGAUGGUGAGGCUCAUGCCAGGACUAAAGGUCUAUGGAGGAGACGACAGAGUAGAUGCUCUUACAAAGAAAGUUUCUCAUUCCCACAGUUUCAAACUUGGAUCACUCAGUGUCAAAUGCCUGUUCACACCGUGUCACACCACUGGCCACAUCUGCUACUAUGUGACAAAGGAUAACAGCACUGAGCCACCAGCUGUUUUCACAGGCGACACACUCUUCAUGGCCGGUUGUGGAAAAUUCUUCGAGGGUACAGCAGAGCAGAUGUACAAAGCCUUGAUAGAAAUCCUGGGACGACUGCCUCCUGAAACACGUGUUUACUGCGGUCAUGAGUACACCGUCAGCAAUCUGAAAUUUGCACGUCAUGUUGAACCAGACAAUGAAGUCAUUAAGGAGAAGCUUGCAUGGGCAAAGGAGAAAUGCAGCAACGGAGAAGCUACUGUUCCGUCCACUCUGGCCGAUGAAUUCACCUUUAACCCUUUUAUGCGAGUAAAAGAGAAGUCCGUCCAAGAUCACGUAAAGCAGACAAGCCCGAUUGAGACCAUGAGAAGCCUACGGAAAGAAAAAGACAACUUCCGGGUGCCCAAGGAGUGACGCCCUUAACAGUCAUGCUGAGUCAUGCUGAUUGUUGCUGAACAAUUGCUUAUGACACUACAAGUUGUUAAUAGUGUACUAAAGUAAAUAUCUGCAAAUCAUUUUCAAAGCUACUUCAAAUAGACUUUCUGCAUUCACUCUCAGUCCAAGCACACAGUUUUUAAUCACUCUGUUUAUCACUCAUGUGGCUUUACAUUUCCCGUCUUUGUUUUAAUGGUAUUUCAUUUGGUUGGCUGGUAUCUGUGGCAUUUUUAAGGAAUGUAUGGCCAUAAACUGAAUGCUUUAAAUGAGAAAUAAGUUUGUUCGUCUUCAAAUGAGAGUUUUAGAAAGUAUUUAGUAUUAUGUGAAGAUUCACAUGCUUAUUUUAUUUUGGCCUGGAAUGUUUCCUCCUUCCAUGUCUUUCAUAUUUGCUUGAAAGUUAAGUUUUAAUGAUGUAUAAUUGAUUUCGAGUGCUUUUAAUUUCUUCCUUCAUUUAAAAGCUUUGUGUGAGCGCAGCGUUCUCUACUUGUUGGUGUGUCCGCAUUAGAUGAGUUCUGUUCUGCAUGUAGAGGGCAAUCUUACAAAGAAUAUUUGAUAAAACACAUUUGUUGCCAUUCAGUAGAAAUAAAAGCAUUCAAAAUUGAAAACUA